UCAUAAAGAGUAUAGAGAAGUCUAAAACCCUCUCCCCCCCCCCCCCCCCCCCGCGGUCCACUCAGAUCUAAAUAAAUAAACCCUUUUUUCGUUUGGUAAAAGUAAAGAUGGGGAUAAUUCGGAGCGGGUUUUUGUUCAUCGCAGGGACGGUGUUCGGCGUCUACGUUGCUCAAAACUACAACGUUCCAAACGUAAGGAAGAUUACCAAUACUGGUCUCUUAAUCGCCAAUCACAUCGAGGAAACUUAUAGGAAGCCCAAGAAGAGAGACGGCGAUGAUUGAUUUUUAUUACUUAUUCCCUGUUUUUGGAUUACAGGUUCUUUUUUUCUUUUCUGUUUAGUGGUUUUAGGGUGCUUCGUAGGCUGUUCUGAGAGCUUUUUGUUUGGGGUAAGCAAGAUCUUGGGUUUUGUAGUUGGAACAGUUUUGUUUUAAUCAAUAUUUUGAAUUAAUAGAAUUUUUAUUUUUCUGUUUU